UUUGCAAAGUUGAAAAGCUCACCACCCUGACCGCCAUGGACACGGAAAGCCAGCUGCGACGCUUGCGUAAAAGUGUCGAGGAGCAAAGCCAAGAGUUGGCAAGGCUUUUGUCGGAGCUGGGUCAGCAAAGCCGUGUGGUGAAGCUUUUGGAUGAGACCUUACAGCAGACUUCGCAGCAGACCAUCACUUUGGAGCACCGGCUCUCCAACCUGGAGCACGAGCGCGAGACCAGCAGCCGCUCGACGCGGAGCGCCUUUGAAUCGCUGGGCGCCCGCGUCACUGAGCUUGGAGUUGAAGUUGCAGAGUUGCCCACCGCACGAGAGAUGCAGGCCAGCUGGCAGCAGCUUGCGCAAUCCGUGGAAACCUCUGAAAGGGUGUUGCGCGCAGAGCAGCAGGAGGCGUUGCAAUCCUUGAGCUGCCGAUUGGAGGCAACACGCUGGCCCGGCACUUCUUCACAGGACUCCGAUCAUUGCCGUCAAGAUGUGACGUCCUUGCAAAUGCAAAUCUUGGAAGAUCUAGCUGAACAGCAGAGACAGGACAUCACAGAGCCCGUGGCAGUCGUGGCUGCCCCAGUCGUGGCAGUUCCGUUGGUGAAGCGCCUCAGAGUGGCGGAAGAGAAGCUUUCAAGCUUGGACAACUACAACAAGGUGGAGCAUGAGUGUUUGCAGCAGAGAAUUGACCUGAAGGCAAGCCAGGCGGACCUGGAAGCUGUGCAGAAGGAGCUUGCCAGGAAGGCAGAGCUUGGACACACCCACGAUUGUUUGGUCUCUGCCGACGGCUCCGUCACAUUCUCUUUAUAGCGAUCCUUGGUGUAGUUUUGGUGCAUGCCUGCUGGCGAACUCGGGAAGAAUGAACAGGAACAGUUCAGCAAAACGUGUGUGCUUUAAUCACAGCAUCCCAUUGUUUAGCUGCUGCAGCAAGCGCCCACUUGCGAGUGCCAACAAGUUCCUCUUCUGCAAUGAUUGUCCGUAUUUGUUCUCCUUAUAGUUCACUGGAGGUACAGCAUAGAGUGCGCAUUCUUCAAUGAAUUCGACGAGAAGGAUACAAGAAGACAGUGUGAAACUGCACAAUACUUACUGUAGAUUAGUUGGUGUGGCUCAACUCAC